UUUUACAUCGAUUUUUAUACUCGUUCGCAUUGUGGUUCGUGAAUUCACUGAGUAUUAACAAGAUCUCUCUGAUUUUUGUUCUCAAUUCACUUAAAUCACAUCGCCUCGAUUUCACGUAAUUUCAACAAAAAUUGCAUACAUUUCAACAAAUAGUGGAAUAAUGUUCCAACUGUCGGAAAACGAUGAUGGAUAAAAAGGUUUUUUUCAUUGGGAAUCAUCUCCCAAAUAUAUUAACAAAGCGUAACGGGAACAGCCUGUGGCAAAGUUGCAUGCUCCUUUGAAACGAAUUUGCAGCUUCGUCUCCUUAUUGAUCAUCGCCGUUGGCAAUUUUCCGUUUAUCUGCAAGUCGAAUCGGCCAAUGAACACAAUUGCUUGUAAUCAUUCAAAAUUCACCCGUCCGCGUGUAGGUACGCACGAGCAUUAAUUACAGGGUUAAUGGCGUUGUUCGGAUUGUACCUACCUACAUUCACGCGACACGGUAACUCGUAAACGUCUGGAUACUCACAUGGUUGCGCAAACUCGCUGGUUCGAUAUGGUAGCGAUUUUCGAGCGCGAAACGCAAGCGGUUCACUUCAGUGUCUUGGCGAUGGAGGUUUUGUUCAACGCGAGCUCACUGGGCAAUUUGUUGCUUCUCGAUAUGGUUUGCCGGCUGCCGUAAUCGCGAAACUCACGAAGCUACGAGGCGACGCUGUUGCCGUUUAAUUUUCGCGAUCAAAUGCAAACUGCAGCCACUUCGAAGAAUUAGCCCCGCCCGAUAGAAAUUUCGCCGAGCAUUCGAGUGGUUGGGAGAAACGACGCGUCGAUCAACGGCGACGAAAUCGGCAAGAUAUUCCGAGGGACUGCUCGCUCUCGAGCCUUCCUUCGUUCAAGAGCGGAAGUUGUUGCGGGCGGAGGAAAAAUCAGGAUAAAUUGGCAAAGUUUAAAAAUCACGAAAGCAACCCUCCAAUUACCGGAAUUUACCCAACAGCGCCACAAACGAUCUGCAGUUUCCUAACUACAUUGUUUUCGCGGAUAAAAAGUCAGGUAUAUCGAAACAGUGGAUCUUCGAUCGUUCUCGAGCUAUUGAGGCAAGAAGAAGCGCGUAGAGAGAAAGGCUCUUAAACUCAACAAAAAAANCAAAAAAAAGAAAAAAAAAAAAAAAACAACAACAACAGCCCGUGUUUCGCGCGUUUCCACCGACAAUCGAGUUCUCCAGCUUUUCAUCGGCGCGGAGACCAACCAAGGGAAACGAAAUUUGCCCUCUGUCGCGAAACACAGGCGACGCGUCAUUCUCCUUUUUCGUUCGCGCAGGAUGCAUCGGAGGUGUCCUGUUCCGGAUCCUCGUCGCACGAUGAUGUCGACGAAAUCCUCGGCAAAGCUUCGACGAGACGUCGAUGGAUAGCUGUCCUUUGGCAGCGAUCACGGAGGCAAGGGGAAACGAUUUCACGUCCAAGGAUGGCAACGAGGUAGAGGUGACAUCGCUGGAAGAGGCGAAAUCGGUGAUAGCCGCCCUUCGAGCGAGGCAGAGGGCACAGGCGCAUCAAAUGCUCGCCUGGCGAAGGACACUGAAAUUACAGGAGGACCUAGUGGCACGGCUGACGAGGGAGAAGGCGGAACAGCUCCGGACAUUGUCCUCGCAGCUGCUACUGUUCGAAUCGAGGCUCUGUCGAAAGCAGAAGGAGAUCGAGGCUAGUCUGGCGCAACGAGAGUCCAUUAUUCUCAGACAACAGAGGGUGAUUCGUCAAUUGCAAAGCAGAUUGGCGGAAAGAAGCACCGGGACAAGGGAUUCGCCACCUUGCGACGCUCUAGAUAGAUUGGACAGCCUGGGAGACAGCGACAGCGCUGUUGUUCUCGAGGAAGCAGCGGACGACCUAGCGCCACCGAGGUUCCGCUCAAACAUCACCGACGUGACGGUGAUCCGAUCGGUUUCGGACGCGGUCGAACCGUCGAGCAAAUACUCGUCGAUGCGGCGAUGCAACGGCUUCCUCAGGAGACCGGAAAUCUUGGAGACCGUUUACUCGGUCGAAGAGGACGGCGACAGUGAAAAUAAUCAGGAUCCGUCCGAAUCGACGGAGAACUCCGAAUGCGAAGAGAGACGGACAAAGAACUUGGGAAAUGGGAAAGGUAGACUUCAAGAUUUGUACGGCAGUUUCGAGAGACUCGCUCAAGAGGCAGACUCCCCGCCCAGCGAGAGACCAAGGGACGAGAGUCAGCAGGCGCAGGUCACGUACAACAGGGUAAUGAGCAAUCACCGAUCAGUCACAAAGCCAAAAGACGUAAAGUACAAGAGGAUAAACAAGGCAAAAUCGAAAAGCUUGGAGGAGUUGAGGGGACGGCUGAGAAACUGGGUGGAGAAAGGGAACAAAAUCGCUAUAUCGUUGGAUCAAUCUUACGCCUGAAAUCUGUAUUUUCCUGAAAGUAUAUUAUACAAGUUCUUAGAAACGGCGAUCGACUCGGGAUCGACUCGGUGCGGAUCUGCGUUGUUCGUCGAACGGCUGCAAUCGUUAUCGGCACCGAUCGAUCGCCGUUGUAUAUUUAAUUAUAAUUGAAAUUCUCAUCGCUCCAUGUGAUAUUUACUGUAGUGUCUCGAGAAUUAAUUAGAAAAUCUUUACGUAUCACGGAAUAUAUUGCGCGUGGACAAUUUCAACACUUGUGAUAUAUAUAAUGAACUUUAACGGUAACGCAACCACGUUAUCUAGUGAUAAUUAUCUCUUCACGAUUGCGAAACAGUAAACUGAGUAACAAUGGAAGAGGAAAUGAGAAGAUAAUCGAGAAUGUUUGCCGCUCGCGGAAGGGGAACCUCGGCGAGAUUACUCUUUAUAUUAUCCCAUUCGCAUGAACGUAACUUAUAUUUUCACGAGCUCGCGUUGUCAAAUUGCAUGGUGUACAAUCUACAACUUUUAAACGAUGAAAUGCUGUAGUUUCUUCUUUUCUUUUCCACGACCGAGCGUAAAAUCGAGUAAAUUCUCUUCCUGACCGGGAACGAGAACGUGGUACAACCGAGUGAAACUUUUCCAUCCUAGGUAGAUACUUUCUUUUCUUUCCAGUAAAAAAAAAAAAAAAAAGAAAAAAAGAAAAAGAAAACCACGACACGCGUUCCGUUGACACACUAACUUUACGACGAUGGCACAACAUUCAUACUUUUAAAAGAAUCCCUUUCGUCAAUUACGAACCAUUGUGCUUUCGAUCAACUGACGAGCAACGCUUGAUCACGAACGAGAUUACGAGCGAACGUUUUUAAAAGAGGUGACCAUACGCGCGAUCGUACCAUCAAACAGGCCUGAGCUCAAUUUUUUAUGCGCUCUAUAAAAAUUGAUUAAGUGCCGUUCAUACGCUGUAUACCGUUCUGUCGCAUCUGCCUAUACAUUUAUAUUGUAAUACCUACACUUUCCUGAUACGUAAAAAAAGAGAAGAAAGAAAAGAAAAAAAAAAAAAAAACAACCGGAAGGAAAGCUUUCGAUGCAUCAAAUGCAAAACUUAUACGAUAUUCUCGAGUAUGUUUACGAUACGCGAUAUCUUCCUUCUUAUAUCGUUCAACAGACAUCGUACAUUUCAUCCACUAUCGACAAAAUAUGUGCCACUCUAAUUACAUUUCCAUUAAGAUUUCGUUGCGCAGACUUGCUCAUCGAUUCUAUCGCCAAGCUAAUCGAAACGAACCGAUAUACUUUAUACUGAAUAGAAAAAGAAGACGUGAUUCAAAUUAAUUUGUCGUUUAUCGCGGCUGUAAUAAAUAUCGACGACGAGAAGUAUUACUAUGAAAUACGUGAAUACUGAACGUUAAAAAAAAAAAAA